UUAACAUAAGAGUGUGCAGAGUGAAUGUAGUGCCUGUGUCAUUUUUACUACAGAAAAAACCGGGGGUUGAUUAGUUUCCGAUUUACAACAUCCCAACAUAACCGAACCUAUAUGUAGUUUUAGGGCUAGCUUCAAGUUUAUAUACACAUAUAUAUCAUAUGGGUGUUGCUGUGUGAAUGUGCUGUCGCCUUCUGUGAUAAAUAUAUAAUCUAUAUAUUGCUACAAAUAUAUAUAUUGUCGAUGUCGUAUCUAAACUAAAUGUCGUCUAUUUUAACGCUGUACUGAAAUAUGGUCAACAACUUCUACUGCCUUGCCUUCGAUGUUCACUGUAUUAUAUUGUCAAUGUGCUUCGUAACGGUGUAUUCAAUGGAUAAAAUUGACAAUAAAGUGUUGCAUACGUGGCUUGAUGUGUUUUCCGCUAAAUAAGAAAUGUGGACUAGAAUAUUUAUGCUUAAUAAUUAUUGUGAAAAGACUGUCCCAACACGCUUACAAGUGCUUUCUCCCAACCGCUUUUCUACUGCAAAAAGUUCAGAACCUAGAAGUAGAAAAUAGAUUUUAUAGACUUUCUAGACACUUAUAAUGUGGAACAACUACGAAGGGUGAUUUUCCAACAGGGAAAAGCAACAUGAAUGGUCCAAACUAGAGGAGAUAAUCUACGGAAAUGAAUUUUAAUACAGUAGUAGAAGAGGUUAUAGAGAAAGACUAUACCAUUCAAAACAAUGAUAGGCAUUCAAAAAAUACAGUAAUAACAAAAAAUCUGGAGGAUCAAUCUUUUGGAAACCAGAAUAACGCCAAAAUGUAGAAGAACUUAGAGGAUUGUAGAUUAUAUUUCAAGCAAUUCAUCCUCAUGACACAAUCUCUCCAUCUAUUGCAUAUAGUGACCAAAUACAAGUAACAAUAUCCCGACAGAAUAGUAGCAGAUACAAGUAAAUAGUUAAAUAACUGGUAUUAGAAUCGCCUCUUGUGCCGCUGUAUAUGUAACAGAUUGGACCAAUAUAGAGAUUUUAUUCGAUAGAGCAGAUAUCAUCAAGUCAUAAAUAAGGGAAAGCUUACAAGAUAUUGGAGAAACCCAAAGUUACGCGGUAUAUGCGGCUCAUGUUAACCAACAUUGAAACGGCCUAUUUUGUAUUAUUUACACUAUAUUUAGGGAUAAAAUACUGUGGCUUGCUCCCCAAUAUAUAAAUAUUUCUGUGAAAAAAGCUAUAUAAAUCUAUAAAGGAACCCAUGUAAAUCAAACAUCUUGCUUUUAAGUGUUUGGUGCAGCAUAUAGUGAGCCAGACGUUAAUACAAUACUAUAUAUACAUAAAUUUGAUGGUAAACUUUGAUGUACUAUGUAUAAAAAAUAUAUAUAUACAAACAUAAUAACGACGAUCUUCACAUAUCAUACAGAACAGGAUAGCCUAUAUACUGAACUAUUUUAAAACGAAUUAUAUAUGUUGUAAAUUAUUUGAUGAAUAGUAGAGUAACUAGUAUUGGGAGAAACGGUACUCUAGUUAUAUUUUUGCAGAACGACUGGGGAUUUAGGAUGUAGUGGUAACUAUUUAGAAAUUUUGAGACUGUGUUCAAACCCUCGCGAUGACGUAGGAGUGGGGUGUGUGAUGUCAAUUAUUGUUGUGACGUCAUGGGAGGGACCGUGUAUAGAAUUUUGCGUCGAUUCAAUUAUGCAGACAAUAAUUUCAAGAAGAAAUGUGUGGUGUGUUUGUGUGUGAUAAUACUGCUUUGCGUGAAAUGUUUCCAGGCAAAAUGUUGUUGUUGUUUGAAACCACCCUGUUCCCGAAGACUGUCCCAUAACGCUUCAAUAAUCUCACCCCCCAACCUCUCAGACUCAGUUGGACCGUUUUGUUUUGGUAAUUUGGUGAAUAAUGGAGGUAAAGAACGCGUCGAUCUGCCCUUGGGCAGGGCAUGACAAGUACAGGCAUGCAAGCUGCUUUGUACAUAAGAGAGAAGAAGAAACAACAACGACUGAGGAGAGGCCGACGUCGCUUUGAGUUGCCCAGUCAUGUCGCCACCAAGGAAAUCGCUCCGUUUCCGCCCUAUCCGCCCAACAAUUGGGGCAAAGCUUCUGCAGCUUGGUCAGAGAGAGAGCGUAGAGGUUCAGCUGGCCUUGAGGGAUAUCAGGUCGCCCAUGGCAGAGUCAAGGCUUCAGACAGCCACCGGAAAUGGACCCGAAGGAACAGAAUCCACGACUCGUCGUACGGAGGCAGCAGCUCGGAAGGCGAGGACGAAGGGGCGGGAGGCGUGGGGGCGGCAGGUCGAGGGGCGGAGCAGAGUGCGGCAGCCAAUGCGCUGCUCUAUGUUGGACUCGGUACGGUCGCCAUCGGAUUGGUCAUCGCCUUUGUUGGCACCGGCGAAAAGGGCUUCAAAACACUGGAGCUUCGCCUCAUCGGUCCGACACUCAUCUUCGGCGGCCUGCUGUGCUGUCUACUGCGCAUCCUGCUCUGUGUCUGUCCGUCGCGGUGCCCCUUCUGGGGGCGGAAGGGUGGGGGCGGGAAGCGGAGGCCUCCCGACCACGACUACUACCGCCAUCUGCCCUAUCGGUCGCGGACCGCUAACGACUUUCUGCUCGCCGAACCACCGCCUCCGACUGUCACAAACGCCUCCAGGCAAGGGGGCGGCGACAAGAAACGUGUGUCAAUUGUGCAGACGCCUGGUGCCGUCGAUAGGAGGCCACCCAGGUCGUCUUCAACAUGGCGAGGAGGAGGAGGGGGAGACCCACUGCACGCAGGCGACUCAGUUGAGCUGCUGGAGCUGCGCAGCGGAGUGGGUGGCGGGGGUGGUCCAGGGGGUGGAGCGGGGGGAGCCUCGGCGAGCGGAGCGGACCUGCAUUCGGCGAGCAGCGAGGAUAGUUUCAACGAGUCGCUGGCACUGGUCGAGGCGAGCGAAACGCGCAAACCUCGCGACGAGCGGCUCGCGAGGUUGAAGUCCACGCUCACAUUCCAGGACGACGUCGACGACUACGAUGUCUGUCCGGGGACGUCUGCCGCCUCCUCAGCAGCAAUGGCAACCGUCGCCACCUCCACGUGUCCCCGCAUCGACGAGGAGCGAGAGGAGGAGAUGACGUCAUCGCACUCUGCCUCCCCGCAACCACUGCCUCUACCCCCACCUCCAGCCCCCCUUCAGCCACAACCCUCCACCUCGUUUGCGCGUCGCGAGUUGGUCCUCAGUCCCGCCAAACUGCAGAAUAUCUAGGAUUAGUUGGUCCUCUGUUUCAGUUCUGCUAAACUGCAGAUCAUCUAGGAUGAAUUGUUCCUAAAUGGCCACCAAACUGGAAAGCAUCUAGGAUGAAUAUUGGUCCCGCCAAUCUGCAAAACAUCUAGGAUGAGUUGAUCCUAAACCUCACCAAACUGAAGAAUAUUUAGGAUGUGUUGUUCAUCCUCAGUCUCAGUCCUGAUAAACUGCAGAACAUCUAGGAUUAGUUGGUCUUCAGUCCUCAGUGCAGAACAUCUAGGAUGAUUAUUGAUCCUCUGCCUCAGUUCUGCCAAACUGCAGAGCAUCUAGGCAGAGUUGAUACUCAAUCUCAGUCCUGCUGAACUGCAGAACAUCUAGGAUGAUUGUUGAUCCUUUGCCUCAGUUCUGCCAAACUGCAGAGCAUCUAGGCAGAGUUGAUGCUCAAUCUCAGUCCUGCUGAACUGCAGAACAUCUAGGCUGAAUUGGUCCUCAGACUCAGUCCUUCCAAACUGCAGAGCAUCUAGGGUGGUCCAACCAAACUAGAACAUCUACAAUGGAUUGGUCCUCCAUCUCAGUCCUGCUAAACUGCAUAACAUCUAGGCUGAAUUGGUCCUCCGACUCAGUCCUCUGCCAAACUGCAGAGCAUCUAGGGUGGAUUGGUCCCACCAAACUAGUACUUCUACAAUGGAUUGGUCCCCCGUCUCAGUCCUGCUAAACUGCACAACAUCUAGGACGAGUUGAUGCUCAGUCUCAGGCCCACUUAACUGCGAGCAUCCAGGAAGAAUUGGUCCUCAGUCACGCCAAACUGCAGAACAUCUAGGAUCAGUUGUUGGUCCUCAGCCCUCACUGAAGAACAUCUAGAAUUAAUGGACAUACAAUCAUUUUUCUAGAAGCCAAAACUCGCUAGACGAGUGAAACCGGACUCGAAUAAUUUAAUAAUACCCGACGUGCCGUGUGGAUUUUUGUAGGUGAUUCUAGUAACAAAGUAUUAUAAUCAGUGGGAUUAUAAUGAUAGAAGUUACAGUGUAGUAGUGGAUAUGAGUGGUAGCAUAAAUAGAGAAAAGAUAGCAUCUUAAAGAUUAUGCUGUCUUAGAAAGAUGGGAGAGAUGCUAUCUUUUCUCUACGGUGAUAGAUAUCCAUGUUGAAUGAAAAUACUUGGAAUUGUCAUAAUUGAGUGGAUAAGUGGAGGUGACAAGUUCAAGUCUUUUUAUUCGGUAAGUGUUUUCCAAAGUUUUUGGAAAAAUAAUUAUAAAAAGUGAGAAGCAGUCGAGUUAUGUAUGUUGUGCUACUCACAUGUUUAAGCAUGUAAAGAAUUGCUACUUGCAUGUGACCAGAGCGAAUUCCAAAGGAAAAUAAUCUAUGUAUCUUUUAUUUUCCAUCUAAUCUCACAUCUCAUGAUAAUUCAAUAUAUGUUAUGGUUUUGGAAAUGAUUUCAACAAGAAAGCCUUGGAAGAGAAAGUGACUAUUUUGUUAUAAUAUGGAGUGAUCUAUCAUUGCACUCUUUAUAAGGAGUGUCCUCAAACCUCUAACAUGAAAUAAAAUGAAAAAUUCAAUAAAUGUUAUGGUUUGGGAGAUGAUUUCAACAAGAAAGCUUUGGAACAGAUAUAUUAGAUGGUUAUAAUAUAGAGAGAUCGAUCAUUACACUCUUCAUAAGGAGUGUGCUUAAACAUCUAACUUGAAAUAAAAUGAAAUAAGUAUGAGUUAAUUGUAACUUAAUUGGGUAAAUACACACAUAUGUUGUCGAAUUCUACACAGUUUUAUUCGGUACACGACCAUGGUUUCGUGACCACACCGGUCACAUUUUCAAGUUGACUGUCAACCGAAUAAAAGUGUGUAGAAUUUAACAACAUAUGUGUGUUUUUAUUCAAUUAUGGAACGGUUCUACAAUAUUGACAAUGACUCAGUCGAAUUUAUUUUAACUGUAUUCUCUAUCAGUUAACCUUGGAACAAAAUUCAUCCUAUAACAAUUAAUCCUUGGAACUCAGAGCACAAGACUCAACUCGCAUUGAGUCAAAAUUAGUAGGAUAAGAAUGGUCAAUUCCAAUCAUAAGAAAACUUUGGAAUCUCGUUCAAUUAAAAAUAGCCUAAUUGUUCAAAGAGUAACAGGUAGAGGAGACAUAUUUAUCAUGGAACCUUUUAUCCAAGUUCAACUCGCAUAAUCGUAUGAGUAUAAUGCAGUUAUUAUUCCAAAUAUGAGCAGUAGGCUAUGUUGUUCAAAAAGUAAAAUUAUUCAUCCAGGAGAUAUUUCCUUUGGAAUUCCGCUAAUGAAUAGAGAGUUUCCACAAAUCCAUGAAAAUCACCAAAAUAGACAAUAUAAUUAUGUAGACUACUAAUUUUAUCAAACAAAACAAACGCAACAAAUAAAAGUUAUUGCUCUGUGUGGAGAAUGCAGUUCAACAAUUUAAUAAAACGAAGUAAGAGUUCAGUUAUAGAUUGUAAAUGUUAAAUUUUUAUUUUUUACAUGAAGAUAAUUUAUUGGAGUUGAUUUGAUGGAGCUGGUGAUAUUGUAAUCUCACAUCUAAAGCUAAACGUGAAUAUUGUUAUGAAUUAUAGUUAUUUUGUAGGUCUUCCAAUGAUUGAAUUAUUCUUUAAAUGUCUAGGUGUUAGAUUAAUCAUUUUCUCUCUCUUUCUAUAAAGAACACUGAAGGAAAGUCGUCAAAAUGGAAUCCAAGAUUCAAUUCAAAAACUCAGAUUUUAGUUCCAACUUUGAUCAAGCAAACAAAAACAUUUUUACAGAAUAAAAAUUUUGUACAAAAAAAGUACAAUAAAAAAUGUGAGGAAACUAAAAAUACUAUUUUUUAAGAUGUUAAUGAACAAUUUCCACCGGUUUUCUAUUUCUUUUUUAGAAACUAUAUAGUGGAAACUCUCUUUGCACUGAUAAUGUUCAUGGACGUGGUGAUAGAAUGCCAUAAAAUUUCAAGGCAGUUCAUAGUCAUCUAUGUGCUCUUCACUGAAGAUGAAAGGUUUGAGAUUCUGCCAUUAUCUCAACAUCUAUAUUUAAUUUAUUCUUGUGAUGAAUAAUUAUUGAGAAUGUAAUUCAAUUGUAAAUUAAGCGAAUUUUAUACUUUGAAUCUUGUAUUAUUACUAUAUUGAUAUUUUCAAAUUUUAUUCAUCGACCACUCUGUUAAACAGUUGAUUGAUAAUCACAUUGUAACGAUGAUAGAAUCGAAGGUGACUUGAAAAAUUAGGAAGAAAAUUGAUUAUCCAUGGUUGAGCCCAAAGUAAUUAACAAUAUAUUCUUCUUCUCUAAGAUUUGAUAUAAAUAGAUCUAUAUUGGACCUGUAGAUUUUGAUUGAACCAGUAAAUUAUUUUUCAAUUAAUGUUUUGUUGAUCAACCUUGAUUUGAAUGAGGAAUCGUCAGAUAUGAAAAAUGAAUGAAAACUUUUUCGAUGAAGUUGGAAUUCAAACUCUUUAAUCGAAUUACUUGAGAAUGUACUAGCUACUGUCGAUGUGCCUGAACAAUGAACAAUUAUUUAUACAAUAUACAAUAGAAAAAAUAAAUAAAAGUUUGGGAAAAAGUCAGUCAAAUGUGGUAAGAGACUGGACGAUUUAAACACUUGGAAACUUAUAGAGCAAACCAGUUUAUUUCAUUUUUUUGAUAAUACAUCUGAAUUUUGAUUUAUAUUGAAAUAGAUUUAAUAUCAUGCAAGCUAAAAAGAAAAAUUUCAAUACCAAUCAUUGUUACCAUUUUAUUGUUAUCAAUAUUAUUAUAUUAUAUCUCUUGUUAUCUUUCAAAUUAUUUUUGGAAAAGUACUUAGUAAUAAGUUGAAUGCUAUUAGAAAGAUCUAUUUUCAUAUAUUAAGUUUGGAAUGAAGAAUUGGAAACAAUUUUAUUAAAAUUAUUUGAGAGUAAAUAAUAUUGAGUCUAUUGCAGGUAACUAAAAAACACUAGUUUUCAUGCGCACUUGAUACCUACAAAUUUUAUGUUCCAGGUAUGUUCAAUCCUAAUUUAUUAAUUUUUUGAAUCAAUUCAAAAAUAUAUCAUUACAUAUUACUGCAAAUAGAGCUAUGAUUUGUUUUGUGAAACUUAAAAGUAUUGUUAUCCUGUAUUUUAUUUAUUUAUCUAUCAUUUACAAUCAACUUAAGGACAAAGAAACAGACUACAGUCCAAAACUUCUUUUCAUCCCAAUUUUAUAAAAUAAAUUAAUAUGGGAAUGGCUUUCCAGACUCUGAACUUAUGAUUUUAUCAUAUUUACCGAUAUGCACAUUAAGUGGGAAGCUUAUUACUGUAUUGAAAAAAGAACUUAUAUAGAGUUAGCAUACAGAAGCAUAUAUGUAUGCUCUCUCUGUAGAAUUUUAGUCUCCAAGAAAAAGGAGCUUGGGUUCGAAAAGACUAAUUCGAAAGUUCAUGUUGAACCUUAUGUCGACAAGACAGGUUUUGAUUGAAUCUACUUGAAAAUAUUAUUAAUCUAUUCAUUAAUUAUCAUUGUUAUUGAGAAUGUGUUUCUUACAAAACAACAUUUAUUUUUUAUUAGACAUCGUGAAAAAACUGUACGACAUACCUACACAAUCUGUUUCAAUUUUUUUGGAUCAUGUUUGUUGAAAAUAUAAAGAGAACUAGAUUUCAGUUAGGUAUAAAACACAAUCUGUUUCAAUUUUUUUUGGAUCAUGUUUGUUGAAAAUAUAAAGAGAACUAGAUUUCAGUUAGGUAUAAAAAUCAGAUAGCUUGUAGUGAUUACAAACUGAUGUGUUUCCAUAGAACAACUUACAGACUUCAUUAUUAUUUCAAUAUUCAAUUUGACAAUCUUAUUAUAUAAUAUUAUGAUGAGUUGAACAAUACAGUUCAUAUAUGAUGUAGAGAAAGAAGAUUAUAAUCAUCUACUUGCUGUGGAGCUGGUUUACUAGCAAUGAAUUAUUGAAAAAUAGAUUGAAAUUCUAUUCUACCUUCGAAUGAUUAGAUUAAUUAUUCUGGUUCAUUAAUUAUUGUGGAUUUUUUAUCACAAUAUUGAGAAGUUGGGAAAUUUUUUUAAUAUUUUUGGUGCAUUCAAAUUUCAAAAAAUAGGUUUAUAAUAUAUAUCAUAUUUUCCAUCGAUUUGGAAUAUUAAUUUAAUCUUGGUUGGAUCCAAAGCAAAUCAAACCAAAUCCAAACUUUGACAUUUUUACUCAGUUUUGAAUUUUCAAGAGAACAAGCCAGUUCAAUCAAAUAUCCCAUUCUAUAUCAUCGACAUUUUUCUGAAAAAUGUUCAGACAAACAAAAGCGAUGAAAAUAUUUAGAUGAGAAAAACCUUGGUACUGUAUUUAAUUGCUGAUGUGCAAUUUAUCAAGAUGUUUUGAACAUAAGAUUCUCGAGCUGAUUAAACAUUGAUAAUGAGAAAAAUGAUAAAUCUUUUUAUGAGUAACGCUGAGUGGAGUCAGCAAAUUAAACUUGGAUAAAAUAUUGCAAUGUAAAAUCACGAUGGAUAAAUGUUAAUAAUAUUAUUGAUCUAAUCAUCAAAAGAUAAGAGGAAAAUAUGUGUGUAAUUAGUGAAUUGUCCAGUGGAUGUUUAGAUGAAAUUGAUGUUUAGAAGAAAAAAUUGGGAUCUAGAGGGUAUCUCGUUUCCAAUGCUUUUAAUAUAAAAGCUUCAAAAUGCAGCAAUAUCAUGAUUUUUGUUUUGGAAAACAAUGUUGAGAAAAUUUAAUAAAUGAGUGUAACAGUUGAAGGAUAAGUAUUGCUCUAGUGUGGAUGAUAAUUAACCGUUUUCUAGUCAAUUAUUCAUUGUCUGUUGAUUUCAAUUUGUUCAAUUUACUUGAUCAAUGCUAAGCUUUCAAUUCAGAUUGUUCAUUUGUUUGAUAGUUGUGCUAUCAUUAUGUUUAUGAAUUUUUACAAAUAUAAUAAGCUCUACAAUAGUUUAAUGACCAGUGACGCUCUACAAAUUGUUACGCAUAGAAAUUCAUUGCUUACUUUCGGUAAAUAAUUUUUUAAAUUGUACACCCCAAUUAGUAACGGGGAGCCAAAUUCCAAAACUGUAAUUAUAUUAUGUCACUGAAACAUUGAACAUAUUUAAAAAAUGUAUAUACACGAAUUCAAAAUAUGAGCAGGCUCUCGAAAAUGUUAUUAUUUUUUUAAGUAGAAUCAUAUUUCGAUUGUAUUAUGAAUAAUGUAAAUAAUAAUUGGCCUAUAAUAUAUUUUUCGGUGAUAUUGGAAUAAUUCUCCUUCACUUUAGUAUAAUAUGGUUAUUUUUCAUGGGAGCAAUACUUUUAGGAGUUAUUGUGAUGGACUUAAGUUGAAUUGAAAUUAUUCAUUUGUUAAAGAUAAAUUCACUACCAAUUUAAAAUUAUUAUUAGAUUUCUAGUUUAUAUUAUUUUAAACCCCGUUCACCAAAAAAGCAAGUAAAUAUGAAUAUUAAAUGCGUUUAACCAAUUCCUCCUUUAAUAGAAAUAAUAUUUGAUGAAAUGAGCUUCCAUACUGCAUGUUUUCAGUAGUUGAUUUCUCUCAUGAAAAUAACUGCCAUAAAAUUAAAUUAAUUUCCAUCACGUGAUGAGUUACAUCAGAAUAUGUUGUAUUCGAAUAUGUAUUGCAUAACCAUUCAUUUUCGUUUCCAUAAUGUUGUUUCAAAUAUACAAUAUCCUAUUAAUGCAACUCUUCCACAAAUAUUAUAUUUCAGUGAUGAGUAGAGGUAAAUUUUAAAAUCGACUCAAAUCCACCUUUUCUGAGAGAAUAUGAAAUUUCAAAUCAUUUCAUCCUUCUUUUGAAUAUUUUCUUAUAUUCUAUCUUUGCUGUUAUUGAACUAUUUAAAUACAGGACUGCUAAAUUUUGAAAUGACCAUCAUUUUAAAUUCAUUAUCAAGGAACAAGAAGUGAGAUUCUAACGGAAUGCUUGAAGCAAUGAGGAUUGUGAUUUGUCGUUGAUAUUUUAAAAGUAAAAGAGCUAGCUUUAUAGUUUAACUGGAAUUACGUAUCAAUUUGAAUGAAUUCAAAAUACAGAAAGCACUGUACUAAAAACACCAAAAUAUCAGUUGCUAAAAGAGUUUAUAACACACCGUACCGUACUGUAAUUCUUGAUUAUUUGUAACAAUAUUCCCAAAAUAAAUAUGGAUUUGAGUCAGAUUUAAAUGCAAGCAGAGUUUAAACAGAAAAUGAAUUUUCAUUCUCCAACAAAAACUCAUAAUCGUAAAAAUGUGUGACAGGAUAAACAAAUAUUAUCACUUCCAAAUCGUUCAACAAUAUUUCAGACCGGCCAAGCAAGCAGAGUUUAAACAGAAAAUGAAUUUUCAUUCUCAAACAAAAACUCAUAAUCGUAAAAAUGUGUGACAGGAUAAACAUAUAUUAUCACUUCCAAUAUUUCAGACCGGCUAAGCUGUUCAAUUUUAGCUUCGCUGAUAUGAAUUUUAACUCAUUAAACACAUUCAACUAAAAAUUGUUGAAUUUAAUUUCAGAAUGUUCAAGUCAAAUAAUAUAAAAUACUUUACUGGUUUGUGGAGUUUACAUGUAUUUGAAUUUUGAAGUAUUGUAGUUUCAUCAAAGCCUCACAGUAAAAAUGCUAUCGGAGGUCUUCUGAGAAUCAUGAGUUGAUUUCUACGCAAGUGAGUGGAGAUAUCACGGAAAUGCGUUUAAUAACUUCCUAUUAGUCAGUCAACUUUUAUGAUAAGAGUAUAGUGAAUGUGCACUCUUGUCUAGCUCUGAGAACUGUAACUUUCAAAUAAAUUUGAAACAUGAUUUUUUCAAUGAUUGACGCAGAACAGCGCCGUUGGUUUGAGAUAAUAAUAAUAUAUACUUUCCACUGUGAUAACAGAUUGAAAAAUUGAUUAGACUACCGUAUAUUUCAAUGAUUGAGUCAACUUACACACAUAAACAAUUGCAACUGUAGAAUGUAAAAAUUGCAGGAAAAUGGAUUUCUAAUGGAAAACACAGAUGAUUGAUAAAUAAUUUUGAUUGCAGGAAAAAUAAAUAUUAUAUUAUAAUGACGAAUAAAGUUCAUUUUUGUGAUCUA